AUGUUAAAAGGGGAGAAAAGUGCAAUACCUCUCUUGUAUCUCGCAAGAGUAGGAGAUCCAACCUUUCAUGAUGAGGACGCUGGUUUGAUAAAGAAGCAAGCUGCAUCCAAUCAUACAUUAAUACCGGCAAACUAUCCAUUGGAUUCGGCAGCCCCUCUACUUUGUGCUGGAAUUACUGUUUAUGCUUCGAUGGUACGCCAUAAGAUGAACCAACCUGGUAAAUCUCUAGGGGUGAUUGGCCUUGGUGGCCUAGGUCACAUGGGAGUGAAGUUUGGCAAGGCAUUUGGUUUGAAUGUAACAAUUUUCAGCACUAGCAUAUCCAAGAAAGAGGAAACUUUAAGUCAGCUGGGUGCAGAUAACUUUGUUGUCUCAUCUGACAGAAAUCAGAUGAAGGCCCUGGUGAAGUCAGUAGACUUUAUAAUUGAUAUAGCAUCUGGUGAUCACCCUUUUGAUCCAUACGCAGAACUAUUGAAACUGGUGGAGUUCUGGUCUUAUGGUGGGAUUCCCCAUGUAACAGGUGGAACAAAGGAUAUCCAAGAAAUGAUAGAUUUCUUUGCUUCAAAUGGAAUUCAUCCAAUGAUUGAAAAAUUCCAAUUCAAUCUGCAAAUGAAGCUAUUGAGAGGCUACUAA